AUGGUGGCCCCAUUUCCGUACCGUACCGCAAUCAUUGAUUGUGUCAAAAGCUGAAUGACAAAUUCAGAGAUCGUUAAAAAGCUGAAAGUGUCUCAUGUUCUCGUUUUUCGAACUGCACAACGCUAACGGCAUCUCGGUACUUCAGAUGACAUCAAAAGAAGGGGAUUUCCAGUCACCGUCACGACUCCAGAAGCAGUCAAAGCCGUUCGAGAGAAAAUCAGACGCACUCCGGAAAGAAGCGUGAGAAAGAUGGCAAAAGAAUACGAAAUGAGUCGAGAAUCGAUGAGAACUAUUGUCAAGGACAAGCUGAAGAUGAUUCCCUACCGUAUGCAGAAAGGAGCUUUCCUCAAUCAAAAAAACAAGACAUUCCGGAUGAAAAAGGCUCGAAAGCUGCUCGCUGGCACGCAAGAUGGCUCGCAUCUGACGACGCUAUUUACCGACGAGAAAAUCUUCACUGUGGAGGCGAACAAGAACGGCCAAAACCAUCCGAUCAUCGCUACUGACUAUCAGAGUGCCUGUGAAAAAGGAAAAAUUCUGAAUAAAACUUCGCAUCCGGCUUCCGUGAUGGUUUUUUCCGGAAUUACCGCUGACGACAAAACUCCGCUGAUUUUUGUGGAUUCUGGAGUCAAAGUGAACCAAGUAUACUACAGGGAGUAGAUUUUAAAGUUGAGGGUGUUGCCCUGAGCCAAUUCUCACUACGGAAACCGACCAUGGACCUUCCAGCAAGACGGCGCCCCCGCUCAUCGUGCCAAAGGGACUCAAGAGUGGUGCAGCGCCAAUUUUCCCGAGUUCAUCUCGGCUGCUGAUUUGCCUGCUUCCUCGUCCGACCUCAACCCGAUAGACUAUGCCGUGUGGAUAUAUCUGACCGAGAAGGUCUCUUCUAAGAACUACCCAAGUAUCAAAGCUCUGAAGACCGGGCUCAUCAAGAAAUGGGAAGAAAUCGACGACGACUACCCUCGUGCCGUGAUCGAUGCGUAUCCGAAGAGACUGAAGGCCGUUAUCAAAGCUCACGGUGUUCCGCGCAAUGAAAAAAAAUGCGAAAUUUUGGGUCCCAGCGGCAUAUUAUCCGUGGCGCAUUAUUGCGCCCUUCUCAUGGUUUCUGAUGCAAAAAAAUUGAAUUUCUUCACUGUUUUUUUCUUGGUUUUUUUACUUUUUUUCUAUUUCUUGCAUUUAUGUUAUCCGCCUUUCUAUGGGUACAUCUUGUGGAGCUUUUAAAUUGCGCACUUUUUCUAAACCAGUUUCAGAUCUUUAACUUUUUUUCUCAAAAAGAGUUGAAGAUUUUUUUCUAAAAGUCCUAAUUUUUUUCAAAAAUUUUUGAAAUCUGUUUCGCGACAUGAAAAAGAGUCACUCUAUUUCGGAAACUAUAGUUUUUUUAAUUUAAUCAGUUAAUAAUAAAAAAAGUUAUUAUCUAGUUCCUUUGACGUAGUUUGAAACCGGUUUCGUGUAAAUUAGAGCCAAAUUGAAUUUGCUGAUGCAGUUUAAUGAUUUUCGAUAUAUGCAUCAUCUAAAUUAUAUAUUUUUUUCUAGUUUUUUUGAUGGUUUUUUUCGGAUUUAAACAAAAAUUUUUCGCCAUACGAGGUUUUUUCUAAAAUUUCUGCUUUCUAUCCAUUAUUUGUUUUUUUCUGAAGCUAGGUUUUCGAGGUAUAUAAAAUGUUUUUCAUUUGCUCCUCGAAUUUUCCUCAUUUCAAUAUUUUUUUCGUAUUUAUAAAUGCUUAUUCAAUGGGAGCUGAUUCACCUUCAUAAUAUUUUUUUGUUUUUUUAUUUUUGUAAUCAGUAAUUUAGAGUUUUUCCCCUUUCGAAAUCGUUCCUAAAUGUUUUUUUAACGUAAGUGAAUGUUUUUUUCACAUCAUAUUCUUCAAAAUGACAAAUUUCGAACAUUUCAGGAGCUAUUAUCCUGAAAUCGCAAAUUCUAAAAUUGAAAAAAACAUUUUGAGUAUGCGAUAGUGCGUCUCGGUGUGCUUACACCCUAAGCAUCAUAAUUUACGAAAAGUCUUGACCUUGCGUAAAGAAAAAAACACCGUGAGCUAAAGGAGGACGUUUUGAAAACUAUUCUUGAAUUUUGUUUCUAUAUUGUAUGAAUAAAAUUUGUUCCAAGUUUGGUGGUGUUUGGUUGACUUUUGAGAAAGUUAUAACGUUUCAAACGCGUUUCAAUAUUUAUUUGUCACCCUGUAGAAAGAAAGGAAAAGCGCCAAUUUCCGGAAAAAAACUAGCACAGUUAGAAUGUACCGCAACUUAGUAGAAUUAUUACUUCUAAAUGGCGUAAUACUAAAAAACCAAGUAAAAGGACGUAAAUUUUAUGACAACAAAAAGCAAAACUUAACAACAAAGGAACCCGACAAUUCGGAAACAAACAAAGGGAAAAAAUGAAAACGAUUUUUUCCCCAGUAUUUCUGGCGUGUUUCAUAUGCAAAUUUUCGAAAUUCUACUUAAAAUCAACUGACAAGGGCUGUGUGCGCGGUGAACAUCGAGUUAGGAAUUGAGGCUUAUAUGGUGGAUGGACCUAGGGAAGAGUGCUCCAAAACGAAAGAGAAAAUCUGCUAAGCGCCAUAGGGUACCGAGAAAAAGCUCGUCAAAGUUUUGCCGCCACGUAUAUGCCCGCGCUCGGAGUGCUCGGCCAGCAACUGGGAGCGUGGUGAAGUGGCAGUGCUCUUGAAUGGCGCUGACGUUAUGCUAGGUUCGAUUCCUUUUGACGUCAAACUUUUUUUGCUCUUGUUUAUUCAAUUCUUCUGCACUCUAUCAUCGAAACAAAAAAACAGCGAAAAAAAGUUUGAAUUGAAGGAGUUGAUUGAAAUUUGGGGAAGAAGAAAGGAGAAAGCACAAAAAAACUUUUUUUACGUCAAAUUUAGUUUUUUUCCAUCGAAAACUUCUAAAAAAAUCGUCCAAAUAAUAGAUGCUUGGGCGGCUUCUCGAGAUGAUAGCACAAUAAAAUACAAUAAAAGGUUGUAUACCUCGUGUAAAAAACUUAUAAUUGUGAAUAAUAUCACACUUGGCUCCUCUGGUCUCAUUCAACCACUUUAUAUGUUUUUUUCUUCUUUUUACUGUUUAGAAAUCUUUCAUCGCAAAAAUUCCACCGACUCUAUUUUCCCUUUUUUGAAGCCCCUCUCAUACCAAAAGGUUAGUUCUAUUGUUCACUGAAACUUUUGAAAUUUCAUAGAGAAUGCGAAAUUACAUUGACAGGUCUCCCUUUGUUUCGGGCUCGUACUCGUACCUGGUUUCUUUUUCACGAGUGAUUUUUUUCACUUAUAUUGUUUCGAUCCAAUCGUGUUGUGAUCUCGAAAGCCAUGAACCAAUUUUUUUUAGAACUUUUUUUCAAACUUUUUUUCGCUGUUUUUUUGUUCGAUGAUAGAGUGUAGAAGAAUUGAAUAAAAAAAAGCAAAAAAAGUUUGACGUCAAAAAGGAAUCGAACCUAGCAUAACGUCAGCGCCAUUCAAGAGCACUGCCACUUCACCACGCUCCCAGUUGCUGGCCGAGCACUCCGAGCGCGGGCAUAUACGUGGCGGCAAAACUUUGACGAGCUUUUUCUCGGUACCCUAUGGCGCUUAGCAGAUUUUCUCUUUCGUUUUGGAGCACUCUUCCCUAGGUCCAUCCACCAUAUAAGCCUCAAUUCCUAACUCGAUGUUCACCGCGCACACAGCCCUUGUGAGAUUUAUCAAAAUUAGCAUCGAUGGUUCUAGCUUUUACACGAAAUCCUUUUGCCUUCCCGGUUUCCUUAACUAAAACUUAUCGAGAAAAACAAUGAUAGCUAUGGAUGUAAAAUCAUGCACAACGCAAACUACAGAAGAAAAGAAAAUCUCUUUUCUAUUCACAAAAGUUAGAAUGUGGUGGAAGGAUGCGAUGUUGGCAACGUCCCGUGUUCCUCUGUGUCUCUGCUCACAGACGCCACACUCUCAUCACUCUAGCCCAAUGCAUUGCGUCGAGUUCAACUGGGGCAAAUGUGUGAUUGUUGCCAUGUCUUCCCAUUUACUCAGCCCACCCAAAGAUACAACAAUGAAAAAAUAAUGUUACCCAGCGAAUAAGACGACCGACUUGAGUGUAAUACAAAAAAGGAAUAAAUCUCACGAGUUAGACCCGUGACUCACAAUAACUACACGUGAACACGUCAUAAUAAUUGUAUUCGGUCACAGUGACCUUCUCGAAGAUGCUGGCAAACCAGUAUAAAAGGAAAGGCGCUCUUUUCUCUGAAUUGAGAACGAUUUUCGUCGCAGAAUUUCUUCAACUUUUCUUUGCAUAAAUUAUCUAUUUUUCAUUUGUAACUUACUUUAGAAUUAUAUGUUUUCAUUUAAAAUUUAAAUUCAUUCUUUUCAGAGAUGUCCUAUUGUUCAAUUACAAUGAGUGAAAAGAUGGUUGUUGAUAAGAGGAAGAAAAAAAAUACAGACAUUGAAGUGGAACGCGAUGCAAUCCGAAGAGAAAAAGAAGCCGUUUAUAUUCAGAAACUGCAAGCCAAGGUUCGUUUUUCUUUGAGUGCAUAAGUAUUUACAAUAAAAAAUAAGUUCAGGUUGAUAUUCUCAAGGCUAAAUAUGAUGUUGCUAAGACUAAUUUGGAAAAUGAGACAAAUCGCUUCGAUAAACGACGUGAAAUGACGAAUAAAAUCAGAAAGGUAAGAAGAUUUUUCACUCUAUGAUACUUUUAGAUCUUUUUCAGAAUAAACCAAUUCUGAAAUCUCGAAUAGAAGAAUUAAACGGAUGGCAUGCUAAGGAAGUGGAAAGAAAGAAAAAACUCAGAGAACAACUUGAAAUGGAGGUCGAUUUGGAAGAUGAUGAAGAUGAUCUUCGUUAA